AUGUCUGAUGCUACCAAGUUCUCGUUGAAAGUGAUGGUUAAUAAACAGAAAAAUAAGGUGCUCUUUGCCGAAGCUGACCACAAUUUCGUCGACAUUGUGUUAAGCUUCUUGACACUGCCGUUGGGAAGAAUCAUCAAACUUGUCCACAACCACAAGCCAGCCGCCGCCAUCGGAAGCUUAACCAAUAUGUACCAUAGCUUAGAAGCUCUUGACACCUCCCAUUUCUGGACAGAGGAGGCUAAGAAGGCUCUUCUCAUCCCAACUAGCUCAUCCGAAUCCAAAUACAGCUUGCUCAAACUGGACAUCGCUGAUUCUCCACCGCCCGAAUAUUUCAAAUGUAGCAAGUGCCCUAACAGUGGAAAGGCAGCCAACAAAAGCUCUCAAACAGGCAGUGGUGGAGUCUACACUACUAAUAAAUCAUCUUUCAUAAUCAGUGAUGAUCUGAAAAUACUCCCAAGUGAUAAAGGAUACUCCAAGACUAUCUCCUUUCUUGGCAUUAGAGACUCGGAUAAGGCCGAGACAAUCAACAUGGAUUUCGGGUUCAAUGAGAUUAUGAAGUUGUUGAAGGCUUCGCUGACAUCCCAAAGCCCAUUGUCAGAAGUUAUUCUGAAUCAAACAGGAAAAAUGAACUACUUGGUACCCAAACCAGAGAUUGCAAUGGAACAAAAUCCCAACUCGAAGAACAUAAGUUUGAAAGUGAUGACACAAAAGUCCACAGGUAAGUUUUUGUAUGCUCUUGCUAAGGAAGACUUUGUCGAGUUUCUGUUUAGUUUUCUGAAUAUUCCACUCGGAGGAGUGGAGCACCUUUUUGUUAGUAGCACUUGUGUAACGGCCAUAGACAACUUGCACCGCAGUGCAUCCUAUCUCAUAGACGAUGGGCAUUUCAAGAGUGUAGAUACGAAAAACAAGCUGAUCAAACCGAAUGUGGUUCAUGAUUGUGUUUCCAAAAACCAUAUUUUUCCCCUCACACAAGAAGCCACGCCUAAUUACUCGUGGCUUUGCACUCACAAAUUUCCCCAUGGCAAAGGUAGUUAUGUUGAAGGACCGCGAACUUAUCAGGUGAAAGAUGACUUAACUGUCGCGCCUUAUUCUUUCACCUCGGUUCUUUCUAGCAUCCUCGAGCAGGAAAUACUGAUAUCUGAUGUUGAAGAAGUGGAGGUGCAGAUAGGAUUGAAAGAGGUAAUGCAGUUUGAUUAA